GGAGGACAUGCAGAGCACCAUCCUUGUUCUCAGGCAACAGCUCAACAAAGCUUGUCAGUAGCUGAUCCAGGCACAGCUCUCUGCAGCCACCUCUGCAACCCCAGGCCACACAGAACCUGCACACAACAAAGAUUUUGGAGAGGGGUGACGAAUCGGCCAGAAAUACAAGCCCAAUUCAUUGGACAGCAACAGGCCCCUCUGGGGAGACGGGAAGCAGCAACACAGACCAGCAUUAUGUACCCGUCUGCUGGCACAAGUAAACUCUCCAGCUCUAAUCGCUCUUAACGAUGUGGACCAGCUUAGUCAAGCCCAUGAGACCGUGGACACCCCUGCAGGAAACGCUGCAUCCCUUUGGCCACAUCCAUCUGACAGGCAGGCAGGCAGUGUGGUGGAGGAAUUAAAGUGACACAGCUAUAUUAUGUGAAAGUAAAGCAGAGCAGCUCACAAGGAUGAACAAGCAGCUGAUGCAGAGGGCAGUUCUCUGCACGGCGCACUUGGAAAGCGAGGACCCGAAGGCAUCUUGAAAUAGAAAUUCAAAAGAGGAGGAGGAGGAGGAGAGAAAGGAGGGGGGUUUUAGUGUGAGAGCAUUGGUAUGCCAGGCUCAAAACCUAGCAUGGCUGUGCAGAAGAAACACAGUGGCAUCCCUCCAUCACAGGGACCACUUUCUACACGUACCAUCGAGAGCCAGAGGAAGAAGAAUGGAUAUGAAAGAACAGGAGACAAUCGUGGUAAUGUCAAACCAAAUUCACAGGCAAAGAAAACAGCCUGCUCUGUCAACAAGCCUGCCCAAAUCUGCACCACAGCCACUCCACCACGGCCCACUGCAGUCGCUGGUGGACAAAACAUUGAUGAGAGGCUGAAAGCAGCACGGGAAAGAAGAGAGGAGCACCAGAGGUUACUUGCCUCUCGGGAGCAGAGCAGGUUGGAGCGGGAGCAGCGAGCCAGGCGAUACUAUGAACAACAACUGCAGGAGCGCAAGAAGAAACUCCUGGACCAGAGGCUCAGACAGGAGAGGAAGCGCGCUGCGGUGGAAGAGAAGCGCAGGCAGAGACUGAGGGAGGAGAAAGAGCGAUAUGAAUCUGCAGUGCGUAGGACAGUGGAGAAGAGCCAGAAGGCCCAGCAGAGCCUCAAUCAAAACUCCAGAGGAAGGAAGCUCAACAAGAACGUUCCACGUCGCUUGCCUCUGACAACAUGGGAGAAGAACUUGGUCAGUCGCCUGCUUACGCCUACAUGCUCUUAUCUGGCCAGGAGCAAGAGUGCUGGCUGUCAGUCAGGAGAAGAAGUUUCAUUCCACUCCAUGAAUUCCACCACCACCACCACCCCUCCCAAACCCCAGCAUCAAUCUGGUUCAGUCCACCACAGGCCAUCUGCCUCCCCCAGUCCCAGCAACAGCCAGCACAGAAGCAUCAAUGUGGCACAGAUCAAAGCAGCAAGACAGCAGGACACUAAUAAGAGGAACUCUAAUCCCAGAUCACCUGCCAACAGUGUGAAACCAGCCAAAGUCACAAAAAGCAGAACAACCUCCCCAUCACCUGAACGGACCCCUCGAAGAUCAAUCAGUAGACAUUCGACCCCGAUGCAGCUCGAGCUCCCGUCGGUCCCUGAGGAAGAUGUUGCUGUUUGUAGCUCUGCCCUCUCUCCUGGUAACUCAAGGCCUAUCAGGACAUCAGCUGAAGGUCAGCGAGAGAAAAUGAGGGAUGAAAACACACCAGCUGCUCUGUGUGUGAACGUGCCCAAUGAAGAGACAGCGGCCAUAAACAGAACAGCAGGACACGGCAGUCCUCCACAAAAGCCUCUUCCUCCAGCUCCACAGCCUCCUGAAGUCGUGUGUAGACCCUCAGGUGGGACUACAGACCCACAGGAGGCUUCACGUAUCCUGGCUGAAAAGAGGAGAGAGGCUCGACUGCAACGGGAGAGAGAGGAGCAGGAGCGCCUGCAAAGAGAGGAGGCUGAAAGGAGGAGUCGUGAAGACCUGGAGCGCAAGAGGGCAGAGGAGCGAGCACGACAGCAGGCCGAGGCUCAGCGUCUCAUAGAGGAGAAGAUGAAAAGGGAGGAGGAGGAGCAGAGACGAGCUGAGGAAGAAAGAGCCCAGGCUAUGAGAGAGGCUGCCCUUCUCCAGAAACAGAGAGAGGAGGAACAAGCCAGAGAGAUGGCAAAAGCAGAGCGGAUGAAACAAGAGCGAGAACUGCUCGCACAGAAAGAGGAGGCUGCACGCCAAGCAAGAAAGAAGCGACUUGAGGAGAUCAUGCGGAGAACCAGGAGGACAGAUUCUCCAGAUACGAAAUCUGCACCAGUGAGGAUUUUGCCAAAUGAAGCCCAACCAAAGGAAAACACACAGCCUGUGCACAACGGCACCAUAGAAGACGCUGUCAAGCUUCCAGUGGUGACGAAAACCUCACAGCUGGGGCUGAACAAUGAGGAGGACAUGGUGCCUGUUGUGGCCUUCAAAGAGCGCAGGUCCCUCAGGACUCUCACAGGCCUGGAGGAAAUCCAGACCCACCAACGAGCAGAGGUCAUCUGAGCUCCGACAAAGUGGGCAGACGUUCAAAGACUUUGUUGGAGAGCUGUGAUUUCUCUGUGAACCACAGGAACGACUGCAGUACAGCCAUUUUGCUGCCCUUCGGCACCUUGAAAGAGCAUGUAAGAUUACAGCCUUGCCUCUCUCACUGAGGACGUCAGCAUUUGGUCACUUUUCUGCGUGUAACCCUGUGGCACAAAUAUUGGGCAAGUUAUUUAUUACUUUCUUCAGUACAGCAGGUCUCUGAAUUAAUAAUGACUAUCCAAAAAUUCGUAGAUGUAGACAGUGGUAAUGAUAGUUUGCUGGCGAGUGUUGCCUCUGUGAAAUACUAGGAAUAGCCAUUCUAACAAUUGCGACAUAUGUUAGCCAUGUGCUUUUUGCUUAUUCCUGAUAUUUCUUGCAAUCCAAGCACUUUUCCCUCCUCAGUUUUGUCACUGUGGGAUUAGAAUAGAUCGAGUGGCUGUUUGCGCUAAGAACACAAGAGUUUAGGUUGUUGGUGAAAGUUCACUUCCUGCAUAACUUCCUGUCUUACCUUUUGAUU